AUUUGUUCAGAGUCGUUCAGGAGAAUGGAUCUUCUGGCUGGUUAUACCGACGAAAACUCGAAACAAUCGCCAAGUUUGAACCAAAAUUAUCAGUCUAGCUCUAGUAAAAUGACGACAGAAAGAAGUCUAGAAGAUGAGUGGGCCUCAUUUGAAAAGUUAAUUGACGGAGAUGCUAUAUUAGAGAGUAAAGAUGAUGCUGUAGGAACGAGUGGUGAACAGAAAGUGAAACGAAAGUUUUCUGAAGGAGCCAGUGAGACGUAUUCGUUUGAGGUUCAAUCUGGUUCCAGUUCUGAUGCGUCUUCCAAAUCUUUUUCACCAGAGAUCAUAUUGCACACUGAAGUUGAAACCAUUUCCAAAGAGAAAGAGAGUGAACAAGCACCAGCAGCUUUCCGUCCUAAAAAGGAUAGUGGCAAGGGAAGUUCCACCUCAAGAUCAAGGUCAAGAUCAGUAUCACCAAGACGACACAGAAAAUCCAAAGAUAAGCGAAGUCGUUCAAGAUCUAAAGAUAGAAGUCGAGAUAAGAAGUCACACUCUAGAAAAGAGAAAAGAAGACAUCGAAGCCCACAUUCAAAACGAAGUAGAAGUCGAUCACGAAAACGAAGUUCAUCACGACACAGGAGUCGGUCACGUGAUAGAAAACGAGGGUCUAAAGAACGAAGAUCAUCACGAGAUAAACACAGACAUCGUAGCAGAAGUCACGACAGAUCUCAUAAACGAAAACACAGAAGCAAAAGUCGUAGUCCACGACGACAUAGAAGCAAAAGCCGGAGCCCCAGACGCCAUCGCAGUAAAAGUCGUAGUCCACGAAGACGUCAUAGACGCAGUCGUAGUCCCAGAAGACGAAGAAGUUAUAGUCGUAGUAGAAGUCCCAGUCCUAGGUAUAAGUCCGUCCCCAUUAGUUCCUAUCAGAAGAAGAUUAGUGGUACCUUAGCAAAGAAACCAAUGACAUUUAGGGAGAAGAUGAGACAGGAUCUCAUCAAAGCUGGCAAAUUAUUAGAUGGUGUUGGAGAAGUUGACCCUAAUGGAGAUUCACAUGUAACACCUCAAAUGGCUCUGUUACAAACCAUGGCAGCUAUGCAACAGAAGGCACAAGAAAUGACUGGUGUAGCAGUUCCCAAGUAUUAUAAUCCAGCAGCUGUAAAUCCAUUAAAAUAUGCUGAACAGGUGCAGAAGAGGAAGUUACUCUGGUCUAAAAAGGAAAAGAAAGAGGAGAUACCAGAUCAGUGGCAAGGAACAGCCUUCAAAGCUGAUCAAGAUGGUAAAAUGGGGGCUAAAUUCCGUAAACUGAUGGGAAUGGGUGAGGACGCUUCCAUAGCAGAUGAGGAUUUGACCGAGGAACAGAGACUAAAACGUGAAGAGUUAUUCGCCCGUUUAGAUAAAGACUAUGAAUUCGCUAGAAUGUCGACGCACACUCAUCGUGGUGUAGGGCUGGGGUUCGCCUCACAGGGGAUGUCCAUGCCCCAGUUUCCCCAACCUUGACCUUCAAGAUUAUAGUGCUGUCACCUUGAUUUAUCUGUGAUUUGGUUAUGGAGUUGUCGUAUGUCUCGUAUGUGUGAGAUUCAACAAGUUAUAAUCACAAAAUGGUGCUGGAUGGAUCUGUCAGAGAAGAGCUUUCACCAACAGAUUCUAGGUCGUUGAAACGGUUCAGAUGUUUAGUGCUCAAUCAAAUCCUUGCUUAAAAGGUUGAAAUGCUACUUCCAAAAGUUGUCAGUGGCAUAUAUUCAAUGCUGUUGAUGGUGUUCUGUAACUAGAGCCACUAGAUUCAACAGUUGAAACUUUGGAAAAUAUUCAUACUGUAUGUUUGAAUAAUUUGAUUGACAAUCCAAGAAGUUUGUCUCUAAAUGUAAAGUUAUUUCUUUGUAUGUAUGAUUGUUGAUGUAUAAAUAUUGUGUAUAGAAAAUAUUAAUUAUUGAAUAAAUCUUCAAAAUUUGUA